GUGACACGACUCGCACUCACGACUCAAACGCACUCUGACUGAUUCGCGAUUGAUGUUCAUUCGCACUCGUGACUUGUGAUUCACGAUUGAGACUUGGUCAUGGCGCUGUGAUCUGCACACCCACACCCACACCCACACCCACACCCACCCACACGCACACCCCUACAUACACACAUCUCAUCAUCCACCAUCAUCCCUCCUUCAACUACACGUAGACCCUUGCGCGCACACCUCCCAUCGAGAUGGCUACAUUCACCCCGAUGUCUAGCGGGUCAGACCGUUGGGCAGAGGAUGAGCAGCCCUCGCUGUUACCCCCUCGCAGGCAUCAUCGCGGUGUAGGGGCAGGGCAAGGGGCAGGUGCGGGUGCAGCAGUGACAGGCAGGAGACAAGCAGCAGCAGCAGCGGCGGCGGCGGCGGCGAAAGGUGGUGCUCCAGCAAUCAGCAGCAAUGUCGGCAGCGCAUCUGCAAACCUCAACAGCGCCUCGUUCGCAUCAGCCGCCGCUACCCAUGCUGGCAACGCAGCAGCAUCAUCGUCAUCAUCAUCCACAGCACCCAAGCGUGCACCUCGAUCUUGGGCUUGGCUUCACGAUGCUGCCAACCUGACAGGCGCGAGCAGCAGCACAAGCACAGGCGCAGGCACGGGCACGAGCACGAGCACGCAGCGUCUUCCACCAUCCGCACGCUUGUCGCCCUUGCAGUCCGCUCGAUCAGCAUAUCACCCCUACGCUCACGAGAGGACAUCUCUGCUCAGCGGCAACAGGGAGCGCAUGAUCGGCGGCCGCACCGGCGCCGGCUUCACGCCAACAUUCCCCAGCGAUGCUGCUUCUGCUGCUGCUCCAUCCCCCUCGCCGCACGCUCACUCUUCAUCGCAUCACGUUCCUACCGAAUCGCUGCAGUCCGCACCUGCAGCCAGGUACAGAUCGCGUCAUGCUCGUUUAGGCAGCGAUGAUAGGCACGCCAAUCAGCCACUGUGGAAGGACGCUUUCAGACCGCACAUGUCAACGGUGGAGAGGUGGUUGAACAGCUGGUGGAAGAGAUGGGUGGUGCUCGCAGUUGCGCCCAGCCUCGUGGUAUGGUUCUGGUGCGCCAUGCCCUUUCCAAAGACCGAUCCUUACGACCCCAAUCCACCUUGGUGCGAUCCUGAAAGCAGCGGUCUUGAAGCUCCAUGGUGCGGCGAUGGCGAUGGGAACGGUGACAGUCCCAACAGGGUGGAUGCCAACUUUUGGUUCUUUUUGCUCUUCUACUACGGCAUCUACUGCGCCGUCGCGCUGAUAUACAUCACGCAGCUAUUCUCCCUGUACCGCCUCAAUUGGUGGCCGCGCGCAUUGGGUGCUCGAACCAGCUACUUCACCUUCUGGCUGCUGAGUCUAGGCGCAGGCUACACUCUGCACACGUUCUCGCUCGAUGCCCAUGCAGGAUGGUUGCCACCCUGGCUGGGCGGUGGAGCGGGCGGAGGCACGGGUCACGACAAGGCUCCAGAUCGUCCCACCACCGACGACGAUAUCCAGUGGCAGCGCAAGACGCUCUGGGUAGGCCUCGCCUUUGCUACCAUGGCCAUGCCCGCGCUAGUCUGUCUGGCCGGGCUCAGGCGCAGCGGAAGGCAGACGUAUCGGCACAGCCUCACGGAAGCCCAAAAGACGUUCUUGGAACGACAACUUGCUCGUCGUAUUCCAGCUUCCUACACUCGCUUCCUCUGGUUCAUGACCACCAUAGGUCUUGCCCUCGUGGCGCUCUUGGCAGGUCAGGGUUAUGCUAGCAUCUACCUCUCCUCCUUGCCCCACACGGGCUUCGAAGGAACGGCAUACGUCAUGUUCUGGACUGUCAAUGUCAACGUCCUCAUGCUCAUCAGCAUCUGGAUCCUCGAAGAAAAAGUGCGAAGCAGAGCGCUGCUAUUUUGCUUCAAGUACUACUACUUCUUGGUCUACUUUAUCUUCUAUCGCAAUCUCUUUGCUCGAUUGCGAUCAUUCGACCAAUUCGCAUUGAUCCAGUUGCUCAGCUCUUUCUGGGUCUGCAUCUGGUAUCCCUUUAGCAUGACGAGCCUGUGUCACCGCAUCACACAAUACUUUAACCCAAAUCCUCGGUCCUGGGAAGAAUACGUCGAGAGCGUCGGUCUGGCGUUCUACCUGCGCAAUUUGGCGCAGAAUACGACCAUGCUAGCCUUUUUGGGUUGGGUAUCCAUCCUGCACUUUGGAAGCAAUCAGCACCUGUACCCCUUUUUUGCGUUUGACGAUAAGCGCGAUCCCUACAACUACCAGCUGACCAUGCUCGGUUCGCUGGCCAUCUGGGCUAGCGAGCUGGUGAGCAGCUUCUUGGCCCGUUGGCUCUGCCUCUAUUGCUUCUCCGUCGACAUUACCAAUCUUGGCCUGGAUGAGAUGAGACAGCAUCCGGAACUCGUCACUAGCGUCGUUUGGACAUCCGUGCACGUCUUGCAAGAUUGUCUGCUCUUCCUCAUCAGGCUCAACUUUCGUUGAUCAUUCAGCGGCCCUAGCGUUCGCACAAAUUUUUGAACCACAUACACAUCAUUACAUCAUACCCACAGCAGGCUUUCUUCAAUGUACAC